GUUACAGUAACCUACACACUGAAAGGAGGGCUUAAGAGUUAGGUAUCUUCGGCGCACAUAAAAGAACGCUUGUCGUCAGAGGAUGGCGGAACUUAUCAAUCCUAACCCAAUUAUCCACGAACGUAGAGCAAUCCUACGUACAAAGCCUCUUCAGCGGAAGGAUGACGUGGACGAUGGUGAUCGCGAACCUAUCGACGCGCUGGAGAUCUUCGAUCAUAUCCGGGACAUCAACGACCCGGAGCACCCCUACACGCUAGAACAGCUUAAUGUUGUCUCUGAGGAGCAAAUUAACGUGGACGACGCGCGCGGACGCGUAAGUGUGCAGUUCACUCCCACCGUUGCCCAUUGCUCCAUGGCAACUCUGAUCGGCCUCUCCCUGCGAGUCAAGCUGCUACGUUGCCUCCCACCUAGGUUCAAAAUCGACAUCAAGCUGGCCCCCGGUAGCCAUUCAAGCGAGGCGGCGGUCAACAAGCAGCUCGCGGACAAGGAGCGAGUGGCGGCGGCACUUGAGAACCCCAACCUGCUAGCCAUGGUGAACAAGUGCCUGGCGGCGCCGGCUGGGGAUGGUGCUGACGGGGGAGAGGGCGGCCGGACACCGUACCAGGGCGACGGCUGAGGGGCGGAAUGCAGUAUUGGAACACUUCUGUGCGUGAACUCAAGGUGCUGUGUUGUUUCUUGGGGUAUGCGUUGGCCGCGGCGGCGGGUGCAAGGGGCUCCUGAUGGAUGGGCCCAGUUGCCGUGCCAGCUGAGGAAAGCAGCUGCUAGAGCGGUUGGGCGGUUGCCCAACGUGAAGACCUCUCAUGGGUGCUGGUUGCCGCCCACGCCCACCUCAAGGGAGGUGUGCGGUGCCAGAAGGGCCGUGUGGUCCGGCUGGUUUCAUCCCGCCGCCUCUGUCCAGGGCUCGGCUCCCGUAGCUGGUAGCUCCCUCCACCUCACCUACCAGAAUUCAACUGCACCCGAAUGCAACGUGCAACGGAGACUGCCAUCGCGGGCCAUCGUGGGCAAUAUUCGUACAAUGGGUGGAAUGCACGGUGGUUUGCAUGGUCGGCUGCAUGGCUGCGGGUUGUUGUUGCAAGGCUGUCACACACUAGUUGGGUUGAGCCACCACCGCAGCAGGGUUGUGGAUAACACAGGCGCAGUCGUCUUGCCGGUAUCUUUCCUGGUUUGGUUGUGUCCUGUUUUGCUGCAGAACGUUUUCCGGCUUGUGAAUGAGACAUGUUGGAGAAUGCCGGGCAGCCUCUGCUGUACCCCUAAUACGGCAUGGGGUGUGCCGGUGUUGCUGAAUGAAUUGCCGGGCCUCUGCGCACACGCCUGUGCUCCUCCUAGCGACAGGCGUGGAUUAGACUCGAAGCGUGGCGCAAUGGUGCCUGUCAUAACAAUCGUGCGUUUGUAGCACAGUAGUCGGCAAAUGCGAAAGCUGAGGAAAAGCUGUGUCAGCUUCGCUUUUAUGGGGCACUAACGUUAAAAACAGUCG